UCACUUCCUCGGGGAGGGAUUGGGGCCGCGCUCCCACUCGCCCACACAGUCCGUGUGCCGCCGGCAGACUCGCCGGCUGCUCGCUCGGCCCCGGCUCGGCCCGGCCCGCUGGUAGGAGCCGCCGAGGGACGCGGCCCCAGCUGCCCACCUUCCCGCCCCCGCGCGUGAGCGCCGCGCCCCGCUCCCGCCGCCCGCUUCGAGUGUGGCUAAGCCACAGCCCCUCGGGGUGACCCCUGCCCCACCGUGUGCCCCUCGCAGGGCUCACUCACAGCCACCAUGAGCGAAGCCUUUGACUGUGCCAAAUGCAGCGAGUCCCUAUACGGGCGCAAAUACAUCCAGACAGACGAUGGCCCCUACUGCGUGCCCUGCUACGACAACACCUUCGCCAACACGUGUGCUGAGUGCCAGCAGCUGAUCGGGCACGACUCACGGGAGCUGUUCUACGAAGACCGCCACUUCCACGAGGGCUGCUUCCGCUGCUGCCGCUGCCAGCGCUCCUUAGCCGACGAGCCCUUCACCUGCCAAGACAGCGAGCUGCUCUGUAACGACUGCUACUGCAGUGCCUUCUCCUCGCAGUGCUCUGCCUGCGGGGAGACCGUCAUGCCCGGGUCCCGGAAGCUGGAGUACGGAGGCCAGACGUGGCAUGAGCACUGCUUCCUCUGCAGCGGCUGUGAGCAGCCACUGGGCUCCCGUUCCUUCGUGCCCGACAAGGGUGCCCACUACUGCGUGCCCUGCUAUGAGAACAAGUUUGCUCCUCGCUGCGCCCGCUGCAGCAAGACACUGACGCAGGGUGGCGUGACAUACCGUGACCAGCCCUGGCAUCGAGAAUGCCUGGUCUGCACUGGGUGCCAGACGCCCCUGGCAGGGCAGCAGUUCACCUCCCGAGAGGACGAUCCGUACUGUGUGACCUGUUUCGGAGAACUCUUUGCACCCAAGUGCAGCAGCUGCAAACGCCCCAUCACAGGACUCGGCGGAGGCAAGUAUGUGUCCUUCGAAGACCGCCACUGGCAUCACGGCUGCUUCUCCUGCGCCCGCUGCUCCACCUCCCUGGUGGGUCAGGGCUUCGUGCCGGACGGAGACCAAGUGCUCUGCCAGGGCUGCAGCCAGGCUGGGCCCUGAGCCAGGGCUCCCGGACUAAGGCCCUUCUCCAGACCGCCUCUGGGACCCAGCCUCUCCCCAAUUUGGGGCUCCCCUUGGGCUCCAGGAUUCAGCCUCCCCACUCCAGCGUCCUCAAUCUGGUACUUCCUGACCCAGGGCCCCCAAACCUGGGCUCUCCCGGAGCCUUCAUCAUCAUUCAAAUCCCCUCCCCAAACCUGAACUCCAGAACUCUCUCCUCCCCGCUUCAGGUCGGGCUUGCUUCCCAGACCAAGCCCUUUCCCCAAGUCAGGGCUCUGGGACCCAAUCCCCCUUCAAUCUAGACUUGUCUCCAAAGACUUUAGGUCUCCUAUGGGUGCCUGAGAGGUCCUCAGAAGUCGAAUAUACUCAGGCUUGACGCUCCCCACCCCUGUCCCACUGGGAUCCCCAAGGAUGGGGCUGUCUGGGCAGCACUGGUUAGGGGGUCCUAGGGUACAGGUUUUUGCCCAUCCCGUGUUGUGAGUGUUUUCUCUUUUCAUUUCAGCUCUAUUUUGCCCAGAGAUGGGCAGAGGGGUGGGUUUGGCUCGCCCCCCUCUUUCAGAUUCUGCAAUAAAGCAGUAUGAGAAAGUGAA